AUGUUUCCCUCGCAGGCGGCUAAUUUGAACAUCGAGGCCCUUAGCGGCAUCUGUGGAUCAAUCUCUAUUGCCUGUUGGGUUGUCGUCUUCUCCCCUCAAAUCAUCGAGAACUUCCGACGUGGCUCUGCAGAUGGCCUCUCUCUCAUCUUCCUCAUCAUCUGGUUGGCUGGCGAUGUGUUCAACAUCCUUGGUGCCGUCCUACAAGGCGUGCUUCCUACCAUGAUCAUCCUUGCAGUAUACUACACUUUAGCAGAUAUUGUUCUGCUGGGACAGUGCUUCUAUUACCGGGGAUUCAACCUCAAGGAGGAGCUAUCUCCAUCCGCCACACCGGACCUUUUUGCAGCCAACGGUACUUCCGACGAGGAGCGGAAUAGUGCCGAACAUGAACCAGCGCCAACAGAGAGAUCAUCCCUUAUUCCAAAGCCCAACGGCCAUGUCCAAAUCCAGGACCCGGCUACAAACGUAGCGGGACAGCAACCCGAAGACCAUACACAAAUGCCGUCCGCCGGACGACGGCACUCGACAAACUCUUUCCAUGAUAUCUUCUCCUCGGUGGAUGCCACCCAUCUGUCACCCGCAACGCCCUUCUUCGAACCCACUUCCGAUUGUGCGCGCCGCCGUGCUCAACUCGCUCGUCGUCGCCGCAUCUCCGUCCUCCAGUCCAUCCUUUUCAACUUCACGGCCGUCGCUCUAGUCUGUGCUGCAGGCGUGGUGGGCUGGUUCGUCAGCCCGGCAGCAAAGCCAGCAUCGCCAGACCCGGAACCUAUCACCAUGGAUGUUCUGGGUCAAGUAUUCGGCUAUUUCUGUGCAGCUUUGUACCUUGGAUCACGUCUGCCCCAGCUUCUCUUGAACUACCGCCGCAAAUCAACGGAUGGUGUUUCCCUGCUGUUCUUCCUCUUUGCUUGCAUUGGAAACUUGACUUAUGUGCUUUCUAUUAUGGCAUACUCGCCUGUUUGCCAUGGUGGGUCGACUGAGGAGGUCCUGGGCCAUCACAGCCACCGUGCGCAUUGUCGUCCUGGCGAGGCGGCUGCGCUGUAUGGCCGGUAUGUAUUGGUGAACUUGUCGUGGCUGAUUGGCAGCGCUGGUACGCUGCUGCUGGAUAUGGCGAUCUUUAUACAAUUUUUCCUAUACCGCGAUAGCAAGGGCGAGGAAGAGGAAGAGUAA